AUGCACUUGCUGAAUGGGGUGCUCAGUGGCGUGUCACUUCCGUUCCGAGCCAACGAAAUCACAGGCCAUGACUGUGUCCCGCCACCGCAGACCCUGGGAGACACCACCGUGACGUUCGAUGCCCAUCUAUCAUACUCAGAGCAUCUUCGAGGAACUGCAGUGCGUGCCACACAGCGAAUUGGUUUCUUCCGGAAGGCCUGCCAUGUCCUGGACCCACCGGGCCGGGCCACAGCAUACCGGGGGUUCAUUCGGCCUCUAAUGGAGUACUGCCCACUUGUAUGGAUGGGAGCUGCGGCUACCCAUCUCUCACAGCUGGACCGAGUCCAGUAUCGUGCCCUCACCCCGAUUGGGACAGGGGCUGCAAUGGACACUCUGACCCUGCGGCGCCGUGUGGCCGGCCUCACAACUCUGUACAAGCUCCAUUACAUCACAAGCCCACCAGCUCUUGCAGCGACACGCCCAGCCAGAGCCAUCGCACCCGCCAUCGCGCCUGCCACACUUCGCCGCUCAGCAGCCAACCUUGCGCACGCGCUUCAACUCCAGACAGCCCUACCUGCCAGAUCGUGCAAUGUUGCGCUGCGCUCUUUCCCGGAGUGCCUCAUCGAAGCCUGGAAUGAACUGCCAACCUCUCUCCUCCGCGAUGCACCGUCUGCCAAAGGGAUGCAGCAGUUCAAGGUUCUGACCUACCGCUACCUGAAACGGUCGGGUUGGUCAUUGGCCACGGACAUCGCCCCCUAG